AUGGCUGAAAAGCGACCUACCAUGACCCUGGGCACCGUCCUAGUGGUUGGAGGAUGCGGUUUCCUGGGCUCUCACAUCGUCGAUCAGUUGCUGAACUUCCCUACCGAGACAGACCCCAGUGCUGCUCUCCCAAAACCGCAGGGAGAUAAACGAUUUGACUAUCCCAAGCUCGGAGACCGAUACCCAGUAUGCAUCGCCAAAGUCGCCGUGACCGACCUGCGGACCACAAACAACCGAUUACCCGGCGCGGACUACUAUGAAGGCGACCUGACCUCUGCCGAGUCGAUGCUGUCUGUCUUCCAGAAAGUCAAGCCGGAUGUCGUUAUCCAUACCGCGAGCGCGAUGUUGACGGAUAAGAAUCUACUAUACCAGCUCAACGUUGAGGGGACGAAGAACCUGCUGGAGGUUGCGGGCGGUGCCCGUGGAGACUGGGGAGGAAAGUGCAAGGCAUUUAUCUACACGAGUUCCGCCUCCGUUAUCCACGAUACACAGAGCGAUCUUAUCAACGUGAACGAGGACUGGCCUCUUAUCAGGGGCAAGCUGCAGCAGGAGUACUACUCCGAUACUAAGGCCGAAGCCGAAGAAGCCGUCCUAAAAUACAACCGCAAAUCCCCCUCUUCCAUGCUCACCUGCGCCCUUCGCCCGUCCGGCAUCUACGGCGAAAAGGACGGGCAGCUGAUCAUCAAAAUGCUCAGCCACGGCGUCAACGCCUCCCCCACCGUCCUGAAAAUGCAGCUCGGCGAAAACAACAACCUCUUCGACUUCACCUACGUCGGGAACGUCGCAUACUCGCACCUCCUCGCCGCAUUCCGCCUCCUAGCCAUCCACAAGCGCGUCGAAUCCGGACAAGGCGACCUCCUCGACUACGAGCGCGUCGACGGCGAGGCCUUCCUCAUCACAAACGACCAGCCCGUCUACUUCUGGGACUUCACGCACUACGCCUGGGCGCUUGCGGAUAAGGUCGUCGAGCCGCAUCAGGUCUGGGAACUGCCGGAGUGGCUGCUCGGUCCGAUUGGGGGUCUUGCGGAGGCGGUGCUUGGGCUUGUAGGUAAGACGCCGAAUCUUACGAGGCGUGCGGUGCGCUACUCGUGUAUGACGAGGUACUACUCUUGCGAUAAGGCUAAGGAGCGCCUUGGGUACAGCCCUAUUGUUCCUCUUGAUGAGGGUCUUGCUCGGGCUGUUGGGUACUUCCUUGAGCGCUGGCGUUUGGAGGGCGAGAAGAAGGGUCUGUGA